AUGAGUCACAACCGUUUGAACGAAUACAUAUCGCAUUAUGAAACACUUAGUUAUGAUCAUCAACACAUACGCGCUAGUCACCAUAGAGCCCGGCGAUCAGUGACCAAAGAUCAUUAUGUAUAUUUAAAAUUUCAAGCACAUGGAAGAGACUUCCAUAUUAGAUUAAAACGUGAUUUACAAACAUUUAGCGAUAAGUUAGAGAUAAUUGAUAGCAAUGGCCCUUUGGAUGUAUCCACGGAUCACAUAUAUGAGGGCCACGUGAUAGGGGACCGUAAUAGCUAUGUAUUCGGUUCCAUAUUGGAUGGUGUAUUUGAGGGUAAAAUUAUUACCGAACGUGAUGCCUAUUAUGUUGAACAUGCCAAACGUUAUUUUCCAACAAAUUUUACAACAACAACAACACAACCAGAAAUGCAAUCGUUGCAUAGUACUGAUACCAAUAGUUCAUCAACAACAACGUCGACCACGACGACAACAACAACUACUACGACGACGACAACUACAACCACAACAGAAACUCCCACAGUCAAGUCGACAAAACCUAAAUCCAUAAUCGAACAUCACGAUGAAGCUGUGAAAAAUGUUGGCUUCCAUUCGGUUAUCUAUAAGGAGUCGCAUGUCGACGAUGCCUACAAGGAUGUGCGAGAGGGCCAUGCAGCCGGUUGCGGUAUUACUGAUGAAGUAUCCCAAUGGAUGGAGAAUAUACAAAAUUCAGCCGUAGAAGAAUUACCCGAACCCAUGUCAAAGGAUAUUAAAACUCCCAAGAAGCGUACACCGCCAACCCAACAAGAAGUGGAAGAUAGAAUCGUUCUUUUGAACGAUGAUGAUGAUGCGGACGAAGAUAAUCGCUCCGCUUCCACGACUAUAACCAAAGACCACAGUAAAAGCGGUGGACGCCAUGGCGGCAGUAAAAAACAGAAGAGAAACAACAACAACUCAACUACCACAUCCUCUGAUGCACAACCACCGAAAAAAUAUGCCAACAACCACUACCGCAACAGUAACAACAACAAUGGUGCCACAGAUGAUUUCAACUAUCCCUAUGUAAAAUACACCAAAGAAGCAAAUGCACGAUUCGAGGAGGAGGACGAUUAUGAUGGUACCACUGCGGGUGCCGGUGCCAGCGGUUAUUUUUAUGAUCCCGAAACGGGACGUCGUUAUCAACCCACCGACAAUGAUUGGCAUGAGCGUGUCCAUGAACGUGUACGUCGUUCAUCGGGCUCAUCGCCACGGCGUGAAGAUAAUAAGAAUACCUGUUCGCUGUAUAUACAAACGGAUCCAUUGAUUUGGCGUCAUAUACGUGAUGGAAUCGCUGAUCACGAUCGCACCCACAAAUACGAACGUGACAUAAAAACCCGUGAGGAAAUUACCUCGUUAAUAGCCCAUCAUGUCACAGCGGUUAAUUAUAUUUAUCGCAACACCAAAUUCGAUGGACGCACCGAACAUCGUAAUAUACGCUUUGAGGUACAACGCAUCAAAAUUGAUGAUGACUCAGCCUGCCGUUCCUCCUAUAACGGGCCCCAUAAUGCCUUUUGCAAUGAACAUAUGGAUGUUUCGAAUUUCCUUAAUCUCCAUUCAUUAGAGGAUCAUUCGGACUUCUGUUUGGCCUAUGUAUUCACCUAUCGUGAUUUUACCGGUGGCACUUUGGGUUUGGCCUGGGUGGCCAGUGCCUCUGGAGCCUCAGGAGGUAUUUGUGAAAAAUAUAAAACCUACACGGAGACAGUGGGUGGUCAAUAUCAAAGUACCAAGAGGUCGCUGAAUACCGGCAUCAUCACCUUUGUCAACUAUAAUAGUCGGGUGCCGCCCAAGGUUUCACAGCUGACACUGGCCCAUGAAAUUGGGCAUAAUUUUGGAUCACCGCACGACUACCCCCAAGAAUGCCGUCCGGGCGGCAUGAACGGCAAUUACAUUAUGUUCGCCAGUGCCACAUCCGGUGAUCGUCCCAACAACUCAAAAUUCUCCUCCUGUUCCAUACGGAAUAUAUCCAAUGUCCUCGAUGUUCUUGUGGGCAAUAUGAAACGUGAUUGUUUCAAGGUAUCCGAGGGAGCCUUCUGUGGCAAUAAAAUCGUGGAACAAGGUGAAGAAUGCGAUUGCGGCUUCAAUGAGGAUGAAUGCAAGGACAAAUGUUGCUAUCCUCGUCUAAUUAGCGAAUAUGACCUCUCCUUGAAUAGUUCAGCUCGAGGUUGCACGCGACGUGCCAAGACCCAAUGCUCACCCUCCCAGGGCCCAUGCUGUCUGCCCAACUCCUGCACUUUUGUACCCUCGAACUAUCAUCAAAAAUGUAAAGAGGAAACUGAAUGUUCCUGGUCGAGUAGCUGCAAUGGCACCACAGCUGAGUGCCCUGAACCCAAGCCACGCGAUGAUAAGACAAAAUGUAACAACGGCACUGCUCUAUGUAUACGCGGCGAGUGUUCCGGCUCCAUAUGCCUGUUGUGGAAUAUGUCCGAAUGCUUUUUAACCUCACAACAGCAGCCGCAUGUCGACAAACGUAAACUCUGUGAAUUGGCCUGUCAGAAUGGCAAUGACACCACGACAUGCCGUAGUACAUCUGAAUUUGCUCAUCUAUUUGGUUUACCCGAGGGCGGUAUCAGUCUGCGCCCUGGGUCACCGUGUGAUAAUUUCCAAGGUUACUGUGAUGUGUUCCUGAAAUGUCGUGCCGUCGAUGCUGAUGGUCCAUUGUUGCGACUCAAAAAUCUUCUACUCAACAAGGAGACCCUAUUGACGGUGGCCCAAUGGAUAACGGAGAAUUGGUAUAUUGUGGUACUGCUGGGCAUUGCAUUUAUUAUUGUUAUGGGUAUAUUUAUCAAAUGUUGUGCCGUGCAUACGCCCAGUUCAAAUCCUAAAAAGAGAAGAGCCCGUAGAAUCUCCGAAACCUUAAGAGCUCCCAUGAAUACAAUAAGGAGAAUGCGCCAUCCCCAUGGCCGCAGUGCUGGCCCGCGCAGCAUACCACCGCCAGUGCACGACAGUCGUGCCCAUCAUCGCAACUAUCCACCCGAAUGGGAUCGUCAUCAUCGUUCAGGUGCUGUCAGCAGUGGCGCCGCUGGUGCUGUUCCCCUACCCUCGUCUAGCAGUAAUCAUGCCAGUCGUGUGGCGGCGGCCGCUUCUUCUUCAUCAAGACCCUCAGGUGGUGGUGCUGGUCGCAGUUCACGUUCCAACGGAUCUCGGCAACCAAGCAGUUCACGUUCAGCUGGACAACAUGGGUAUGCUGAUAUACCACCACCGGGUGGUUUGGGUCCAUCACCAACAGGUGGUGGCGGUGCUGGUGGUUUACAUAUGGGUGGUGGUGGUGCAGCCAUGGCUGCUGGGUCGGGUUCAUCAACUAGUGGUUUAUCACGUGCCCAAAUGCCUUUACCCGCCCUGCCGUCCAAUGCACAAACGCAACAACAGCAACAACAACUGCCACAUCAAGCUUAUUAUGCGCCGAAAGUUGACAUACGCAAUAAAUCCCGAUCAUCACGUAUAAACACCUCGUCCUCCUCCUCUACAGCGGCGGCGGCGACUUCGAAUAGCAAACAUGGCGCUCACAAAGAACACAAAUGCAAAGAUCAGGCAAACAGUCAAAAGCCCUCGAGUAAAAGUCGACGUAUUGUCUAUUAG